AUGACUAACGAAAGAACAAUUUUACUUGUAGGCAGAACUGGUAGUGGAAGAUCCUCUCUAGCAAAUGUGGUUAGUAAUACUAAUAACUUCAAAGAGAGCGAAUAUGGAGUUAGUGAGUCAAGUGGUGCACAGAUCGGACAUUUUCGUUUAAAAGGAGAAGAUAUGAUUUAUCAUAUAAUUGAUACCAUUGGAAUUGGAGAUAAUCGUUUUACUGAGGCGGAAACUUUGAAUAGACUAGCCAAUGCAGUUAAUGGAGUCCAAGCAGGCUUAAAUCAAAUUUUUUUUGUAGUCAGUGGCAAGUUUAUGGAAGAAGAUGUAAAAGCAUUUACUUUAUUACGCACUGUUUUUUUUGGAGAGGAUAUUGGUAAAUAUACUACUAUUGUUCAGACUAAAUUUUCUAGUUUUCGUGAUCCAGAAAAGCGUCGUAAAAAUAAAGAGGUAAUAAUGAGCCAAAGCGAAGAUGCUGCUGCUAUAUUGCGUUCUUGCCGGCGGCUUAUUCAUGUGAAUAAUUUGACUGAGCAAGAAGAUUCUCGACAACGAGCUCGGAAUGACUCUCGGGCUUUUUUGCGAAAUUAUUUGUCUGCUAAUUGUCAAAAUGUUUACCAACCAAGCAAUUUGGGUGAAAUGAAUGAAAGAAUUAGAAACUACUUAGCUGGAAGAGCAGGAGGUGACAGAUAUCAAAGUCAAAUCAACCAACUUAUGAGAGAAAAUCGAGAACUUCAAGAACAGUUAAAUCAGUCUAUUACCCAACAAAGCCAGCAGCAACUUCAAGAUCGACUUUUUGGUUUUCCUGGAAGAAAAUUUUAG